CAACCAUAUGCACCCCGAACUGCAACGAUCCUCGCAAAAGGGGUUCCUUUCUGGCAUCGCCAGCAGUGAGAAGCAGACGGCCCCGAAAGUAUUCAGGAAAGAACCUCCAACAAGGCCUGCAAAAUGAGUGGCCUGAACACAGGCGACAACAAGCUCGUCUUCGAGAGCUCAGAGGAGAUCAAGGUUGUCCCUACCUUCGACUCGUUCGGGCUCAAAGAAGACCUUCUGCGUGGUAUCUAUGCAUAUAACUUUGAGCGGCCCUCGGCGAUCCAGCAGCGUGCCAUUCUGCCCAUCGUCCGUGGCCGCGAUGUGAUUGCACAAGCCCAGUCCGGUACUGGUAAGACCGCUACCUUCUCCAUCGCGAUGCUGCAAUCGAUCGACACGACGCUACGGGAUACACAGGCGCUCGUGCUGUCACCAACGCGCGAACUCGCGACGCAGAUCCAAUCGGUCGUGCUUGCUUUGGGUGACUACAUGAAUGUCCAAUGCCACGCGUGCAUCGGUGGCACGUCGAUGGGAGAGGAUAUCAGGAAGCUCGAAUACGGCCAGCACAUCGUCAGUGGGACGCCCGGCAGGGUAUUUGACAUGAUCAGAAGGAGGCAUCUUCGGACGAAGAACAUCAAGAUGCUUAUCCUGGACGAGAGUGACGAGCUACUGAACAUGGGAUUCAAGGACCAGAUCUAUGACGUAUACCGGUAUCUUCCGCCAGCAACGCAAGUGGUUCUACUCUCCGCCACCCUACCCCACGACGUUCUGGAGAUGACCACCAAAUUCAUGACCGACCCGAUCCGCAUCCUCGUCAAGCGUGACGAGCUGACACUCGAAGGCAUCAAGCAAUUUUUCGUCGCGGUGGAGAAGGAAGACUGGAAGUUCGACACGCUCUGCGACCUGUACGACACACUCACUAUCACCCAGGCCGUCAUUUUCUGCAACACGCGCAGAAAAGUCGACUGGCUGACCGACAAAAUGCGCGAGAACAAUUUCCAGGUCAGCAGCAUGCAUGGUGAAAUGCAGCAAAAGGAGCGCGAUGCCAUCAUGGGAGAGUUCAGGCAAGGCCAAACUAGGGUCUUGAUCACGACGGAUGUCUGGGCAAGAGGUAUCGACGUUCAAAACGUGUCACUGGUCAUCAACUAUGACCUGCCAUCCAACCGUGAAAAUUACUUGCACAGAAUUGGUCGCUCGGGCAGGUUCGGAAGAAAGGGUGUUGCCAUCAAUUUCGUCACGAUCGAAGAUGUUAGGAUUCUAAGAGACAUCGAACAGUACUAUUCUACACAGAUUGACGAAAUGCCUACCCGAGUGGAGGAUCUGCUCUAGUCGGCUUCCGACCAGAGUGCAGCGCCGAGCUCGCUUCCGUCUUGUACCAUACUGCCUCAAAAUCAGAUCGCUGUCGAAAGCGUGCCUUGCAUCUUCAGAUUGCCCAAGAUUCAUCCCCUAGCUCUUCGAUCCGGCCACGCAGAAAGCGGUGCCAAUUCCGCUUUAACAUCGCGACGACU